AUGUCCAACCGCGAAGGCUCCGUGUACAAGGGUGACCGCGCGUCCGACUCUGAGUCCUUGCCCGAGCUCAAGACGCGGGACACAGAGAAGGUGAUCGCGAAUACGCUUCCUGCCAUCUCGGAGGAAGGCAACGUUGGUCUGUCGGAGUUUGAGGCUGCCAAAGAAGCUGGUGUGCAGGUUACGAAGUCGGAAAGUCGCAGGAUCGCGCUGAAGAUCGACAUGUUCAUUCUUCCAAUGCUAUGCAUUUCGCAAGGCCUUAGCUACUUGGACAAGACCGCACUCAACUAUGGCAACUUGUACGGCAUGAAGACGGAUCUCCACGCCGGUCAGCAAUGGGCCUGGCUCGCAAGCUCUUUCUAUUUCGGCUACCUUAUUGGUAACUACCCCAUGGGCUGGCUCUUGCAACACUACCAUUCCGGCCGAGUGUUUGCGAUCACCACAUUCCUAUGGGGGACUAUCGUUAUCGCUGUGGCUGGAGCGAAGAACUUCAGCAGUGCCCUCGCAGCAUACUUCUUCUUAGGGAUUGUCGAAUCUGUGGUUACCCCAGGCUUGACCCUCCUGACCGCCGUAUGGUACGCCCAACCCGAAGUGCCGCUGCGUACCAUGAUCUGGUACAGCUUCAACGGGUGGGGUGGUAUCUUCGGAGGCUUUAUGUCGUACGGAGUUGGUCGGAUCAAGAACGCGAGCCUCGAGAAGUGGCAAUACAUCUACCUGAUCCUUGGGGCGAUCAGCCUGUCCUACGCACUCGUGCUCGGGGUUUUCUUCCCCGACUCGCCCGUCACGGCGAAGUUCCUACGUGGAGACGAGAAGUUGAAGGCCGUGAAGCGGGUUGCGGAGGCAAAGAACGGUAUCAAGAAUACCGAGUUCAAGAUGUACCAGAUCAAGCAGGCUCUCACGGAUCCCAAGACAUGGUUGCUCUUCGCCGCCUCUGUUGCAGCGCAGAUCCCCAACGGCAUUGUGUCGAACUUCUCUACUAUCAUCAUCAAGGGUAUGGGGUUCACGACCCUGCAAACGACCCUCCUCGAUGCUGCUUCCUCCGGCGUACAGAUCGCAAGUCUGAUUGCUGCUGGACUGAUCACUACGUACAUCAAGAACACGCGUGUGUUCACUAUGGCUACGGGCAACAUCGUCUGCAUUAUCUCUGCAGCAUGUCUGACGUAUUUGCCGUCCGACCAGAAGUGGAACCGUCUGGUCGCGUACUGGUUCACGUCUUUCCAGUCUGUCGGAUUCUCCUUGUCGCUGGUUAUGAUCUCCAACAACAUUGGAGGCUUCACAAAACGAACGUUCACUACUGCGUUAACCUUCAUUGGCUACUGCGUGGGCAACAUCAUCGGGCCCCACUUCCUCAUCUCAAGCGAGGCCCCUACGUACCACACUGGGACACGUGCGAUGUUCAUCGGAUACUGCAUCAAAACUGCUGCCCACAUUUUGCUCGGUCUCUAUAUGUGGAGGAGCAACGUGAAUAAGGAUCGCAAGUACGGAAAAGUCGUUACUGAAGAAGACAAGCUCAAGGGCGAAGAGGCCGGCAUGCACGACCUCACGGAGUUUGAGAACGAGUAUCAUAGAUACGUUCUGUAG